GUGCUGUUGAUUGUAAUUCACAAAUUAAUACAAAUUUUUACAAAAUGUUCAAAUGUGUUUCGAUCUCUCAGUUAAUUAUCAAAUAAUAUUUUUCAAUAACUUUGGAGUUACAAUAAUGUUUUUAAUUGAAGAAGUAUGUUAUGUAAUGGUGUAUCGAACAAAUAGUGAAUUGAAAAAAUUCAAAAAUAUUAAAACAGAAGUAGAAAAAAAUAUUGGAUAUCAUUAAUAAAGUUCAAGAUGUAUUUAAAUAAUAUUCUUAUGUGCUUUGGUCGAAAUAUUGACGAGUGUAAGCCAGAAAAAAAUAAUCAAAAGGAGCUGGAAGAUCAAAAAAUUCAUCCCAAGUGCAGUCAGUGGUUACAAUUUGUUGCAGCUAUAAGUGCAUGUUUGUCAGUCAUAGCAUGUGGAGGUCAUUUAGGUUGGACAUCACCAGCUCUACCUUAUUUAACGAAUCCUAAUAAUGAACAUUCAAUAACUCCAAGUCAAGGUUCAUGGGUGGUGUCUCUAUAUACUAUUGGUAGUAUAAUUGGAUCGCUGUUAAGUCCAUUCUGUAUUGACAGACUUGGCCGGAAGUAUUCUUUAUUAGUAUUUGUACUUCCACAAUUGGCUGGUUGGGGUCUCAUUAUUGUAGCCAAAUCCUUUAUAAUCCUUUACACAGCUCGAUUGAUAGCUGGUAUUGCUCAUGGAGGUAUUUACAAUAUAACUGUUAUUUAUUUAGCAGAAAUAGCUGAUAAAAAUAUACGAGGAGCACUUGGAUCUUUUUUAAAAAUGUCAACAAACAUUGGUACACUUUUCGUAACGACUCUUGGAGCAUAUUUACCAUAUUCGGAGUUAAAUUUAGUUUCUUUAUCAGUUCCACUUCUCUUCAUCGUUAUUUUCUCUUUUAUGCCAGAAACUCCGUAUUUUUUCCUCAUUAAAAAUCGAAUCUCAGAUGCUGAAAAGAGCCUCAUGACAUUACGAAGGUUGAAGAAUCCUGAAGAUGUCAAAGAUGAUAUUUUACAAAUGAAAGAAGCAGUUGAUGAGGGAACGAGAAAUAAAAAAAAUGUUUUUAAAGAAUUAUUAAGAACCCGAGGUAAUCGAAGAGCAUUAACUAUCAUAUUAGGAUUAAAAUCUACUCAACAAUUUUCUGGACACAUUGCUGUCGUUGCUUACACUCAAGAGAUUUUUGCUCAAAGUGGUUCAUCAUUGCCACCAGAUAAAGCAGUUGUAAUCCUUGGAAUUUUUCAACUAGUAGCUGGAGUAGCUGCUGCAGCUCUUGUUGAUAGAAUUGGACGUCGAAUUCUGAUGAUUAUUUCUGGAUUAUCAUCAGCUUUAGCUUUAAUUAUCGUUGGAAUUUUUUUUUAUAUGAAAAAUUUUCUAGAACUUGAUGUCACAUCAAUCUCUUGGCUACCAAUUGUCGCACUGAUAGCUUAUGAUGUGAUGGAAGUCUUUGGCAUUGGAACACUACCGUAUGUUCUUUUAGGAGAACUCUUUCCAACAAAUAUUAAAGGAGCUGCAGUUGCUAGUGGAAUUUUGGUUGGAUCUGUAUUUGCUACUCUCGUUGGACUUAGUUUCCAAGCAAUGAACACUGCUUUAGGAAUUCAUUGGACAUUUUGGAUAUUCGCCAUCUGUUGUACUUUCGGUACACUCUUUGUGUACUUUAUUACGCCUGAAACGAAAGGAAAGACAUUGGAAGACAUCCAGAACGAGUUGAAUCCACGGAAAAAAUUGAAUAAAUAAUAAUUAAGUUAAAAAAAAAAAUCAUAGAAAAUGUUCAAAAGAAACUGUGAUAUUUGUGUAUCAAAGUUAAAG